AUGUUUCAUUGGAGCCUACAAUUGCUUCUCAGCACUUUGUUCUUGGUGCUGGGCUCCUCAACUCUAGGCACUUCAUCAGGAACUGGACCAACGAUCAAGUACACUGCAACUCUAGGGAGCGACGUUGAGUGCCUUAGCGAGAUCAACGCUGCGCGUGAGGCGGCUGGGCUGCCCAACUUCGCAACAGCUUCGGGCGGCAAUACGUUAACUGCUCCAGACGGAGAAGAGCUACAGGAGAGCAGCGAGUGGAAAAAGGUUUGCACACAUUUGAUUCCGACGCAAGGAACGGAAACAAUGGCUGAGCCAAGUGCAGCGAGUCCUUUUCAAGACGGAACAUAUGCUUUCAAGUCCCUAACUGCUGCGAAGCCUGACUGCAAGGAAACAGUUGAUUACUGGAAGGCAGCCUUCAAAAACUUCACUGGCCUUCCGCCACCAAAGACUGAAGGCGAAACACUCUACAAAGUUCAAGACAACGUUUCUUUUGUAGCCCUCUACAACCCUUCAUCCAAUGCCACUGCAGACUGCCGAGUCGUCACUUGCACUCAAACGACUACCUCUGGUACAGAUGAUGAAACAACUUAUGCAGCAGGCGGCAACACAAAAAAUGGUUAUGCGUUGAUUUGCAAGACGAUGCCUGCUGCUUUUGGAAGUGACGGCUCUGCUUUAUUCACGCAGGAGCAGUGGGACAGGAUCGUAUCUUCUCUCACAGGCUCCGCAUCGAUAGCAGUUCCAAGCUUUGUUGCUCUUGCCAUUGUGGCAUUCGGCAUUACGACUUUAUUCUGA